UCCCGGCAGACGCUCUAGCCCGCCCUUCUCUGUGGCGCGGUCUCGCCGGGCCGCGGCUGACGUUGGACAACAAAGAUGGCGGCGGCGAGCAGCAACUACUGGGAAGAUCUCCGGAAGCAGGCGAGGCAGCUGGAGAACGAGCUGGACCUGAAGCUGGUCUCCUUCAGCAAGCUCUGCACCAGCUACAGCGGCACUCGAGACGGAAGGCGCGACAGGUAUAGCUCUGACACAACUCCCCUCUUAAAUGGCUCAAGCCAGGACAGAAUGUUUGAGACCAUGGCUGUGGAGAUUGAGCAACUUCUGGGAAAGCUUACUGGAAUAAAUGACAAAAUGGCAGAAUACACAAAUAGUGCAGGAGUCCCCUCCCUGAAUGCUGCCCUGAUGCACACGUUACAGCGUCACAGAGACAUACUGCAGGAUUAUACACACGAAUUCCACAAAACCAAAGCGAACUUCUUGGCAAUACGAGAAAGGGAGAAUCUGUUGGGAUCAGUACGGAAAGAUAUUGAAUCCUAUAAAAGUGGGUCUGGCGUGAAUAACAGAAGAACAGAACUAUUCCUGAAGGAACACGAGCAUCUUCGAAACUCAGAUCGGCUGAUAGAAGAAACAAUAAGCAUUGCCAUGGCAACUAAAGAAAAUAUGACUUCGCAGAGAGGGAUGUUGAAGUCAAUACAAAGCAAGAUGAAUACCUUGGCUAAUCGGUUUCCAGCAGUGAACAGCCUGAUUCAAAGGAUCAACCUUCGGAAACGACGAGAUUCCCUCAUCUUGGGUGGCAUUAUCGGCAUCUGUACCAUCCUACUGCUGCUAUACGCUUUCCAUUGAUGGAUGUUCCUCGAUGGACUCUGCUAAACUCAUCACCACCAACCCUUUCCCCUCCUCAGUCAAGGAAAAGUGAGUGGGGGAAGCGACAGACUUCAGACAGCCUGCUCAUCACGGCUGGGAGCAUCAGCAUGAUGUCUAGAGCUUAUGAUGGUAGACUGCGACACUGGGUUUGGGUUGAAGCUGCGGUGUUCCUCCUUCCCUGCCAUACAUCUUGCUUUGGUUAAAUUUGGUGGGAUUUGUUUGUCUUUAAUUCCCUUUUUCACUGCAAGGUAAGUAAAUAUGGGACGCUUACGAGAACAGGGAGAACAAUUUCUGUGCUCAGCAGCACUAGGGAAGUCUGUUGUUGGCUUGUAAGUGGUAAAAAAUCGUUACGCUUGCCUUGGGUGGAAACUCAGCAGGAAACCUGUGUUCCCCCGUAGGCCAAGCACACUGAACACUUUUGCCCUGUGAGAAGAAUAUUGCAGCUUUAAGCCAUCAGGUUGCUUUACUACUAAAUACAUGUUCUGUAAUCCUUUUUUUAACUCAUGGUUGAGAUAGUUAGUUCUGCAUCAUUUGUGCUGUGAAAACUGUGCUUCACACAAAUUCCUCAAAGUGAAAAAAACAAACAGAAAGGGUUCUUCAGUUCACUUUUUGCACAGAAUAUGAAUAAAUUACCCUCUGAGGAAGAGUUGUAAGGUUUCUUGUGGCUUUAAAGGGACUAACAAGUCCCCCUUUGUAAAAAGGGAGCACAGUGUCCUAGCAGCUGUUUACUGUAGUGUUCAGUCAUCUGAGAAGUGACCAAACAUGAGUUCCACCUAAAAGUAGUCUUUUGGGUGUAAGUACUUUGAUUUUGGCUGGCAUCAUAAAGGUCUUUAUAAAGACAUGAUAAGCAGUUUGAAAAGUCUAUAUUGUAAUUUAGAUAAAGUUAUUCUAAUAGCAUUAUUAUUUUUACACUGUAAGUAAGAUAUAACCUAGAUGUCAAUUGGAAAUAAGAAUUGCAAUGGUUCUACCUGAGGCAGAUGCAUCUGCGUGUGAAACUUAGGGACAUAAUUCCUCAUAGUAAAAAGUUGAAUGUAUGAAUAGUAAAACAAGUAUUAUUUACCAGUAUCUGGGGAGAAAAAAGUCUUUUUUGUCCAGACGUGCAACAUGAAUCCUGUUGUGUUUCCAUCUCUGAACAAAGCUGACGUCAGGAAUGGCUUUGAUAUUGCACAUUCACAAAUUACAGAUUUUCCUGUUCUUUCAACAGCUCUUUUCCAUCUGUCAUAUCAUAACUCAAUAAAUUCAAACUGAGGCACUGAAAUAGCUUUCCAAGAACUUGAUUAACUCUUUUCACAAUCAAUUUGCAGUGCUCCUAACAGAUUUCAUGUAUAACAUUACCCACAAAUGUCAAAUAGGCUCCAAGUUCUCUUCUGGAACAGAGUCUAGUGGGACAGACACAAUUUUUUACUGCUUUUUAUAGUGUCUGUGCAGUUCCUUUUGGAGGGAGUAGAGGCUCCUGCCUGUGUAGUGUGAAAAACUCACACUGUUGCGCCUAAAAUGUUUGUAUGGAUUGGAAGGCUUGUUUGCAGACUAAUAACUGUGCUAAAAAGUCCACAAAGACUUUCUAAUCAGUCAUUGUUGGGAUUGGAAAGCAUUUGGAAUGAUACGCGUAAACCUGUGGGGCUUGUAUUUUAAAGAAAGGGUGAUUAUUUGGUUGAUUUGGGAAUGCGCCUGGUUUGAAAUGAAAUGUUUAUGAAAGGGGUUUAUGAAAAACCUGGAUGGAUAAAGGAGGUUUAUUAAUGAAUCUCUGUGGUAGGAGAUCAAACCUCUUCUCCCAGUGCUUUUUCUUUGAUUCCUUCACCACCCUGAGGGACCCUGAUCAGCAGUUGUGCUUCUGUUUAGGAUUUGUAGGAGUAGGACGUGGUUGCUCUAUAGUUGGCAAUAUAAGAUCUGCAGUACCAUCAAUAAAUUCAUUUAUUUAAUCUUAUAACAAGUCUUUUUACUGGACUCAACUGAUGAUUUGGUGCAUAUAUUUAAUCUUACUGUGUGAAAAAGCUGCUAUGGAAAAAAUGUAGGUUAUAAUAAAUAUGUAAACAACUGAUUUUUCAUGUUAUGAAAAUGUUAUGGAGGAACUGAUAUAUUUUAGUAUAAAAUAACCAAAAUAUACUGAAUUAUCUCUGAUAAAGCUUUACUGGAAAUGGUUUCAGUGUUGGCAACCCCUCCAUGGUUUUUAUUUGUGUUGGUUUUGAGACAAGAGGUUUGUGUUGAAUAAUACAUUUAAUUAACCUUGUAGUUCUCUCUUUAUCAUCUUGUGGUAGUGCUCUAGCAAUGUGAGCAGGCAGUUCUGCUCUCUUGUGCUCACACAUAGCUCAGGAGAAAGACUCACUAAUUCUCCUGGACAUCUCUAAUACAUGGAGCUGUAGUUGGAGCAAUGGGCUGUAAAAUGAAAACAGUGGAUUGUAGUUUUUCAUCUCAAAUCCCAAAAUAUAGGUUUGUAUGUCUCCUGUUGCUAAAUAUGUUCUCUAAGCUUUUCCUUCUGUGUGAUUCCUCUUGCUCUAAGGGAAAAAAACGUGGUUCAAGUCUCAUUUCUGCAAUUCCUGGCAAAGUUGCAGUUUUGUAACUCGACCAAGUAGAAUUGUGCAAAGAAAAUUAUUGCUAAGCCAUUGAAAUGAAGUGAGAAAAUCCAGAGUAUUUCUACAGGGCACAUUUCCCACACACACUCUUUAAAUCUCAGCCAUAACUUACCCCUGGCCCUGCUUGGGAGCGAGCCUGAGCAAGGGGGGAGGCUUUGGGACCAAGCAGUGGGGGCUUCUGGUAAUACAAGAGCGUGUCCUUCCUGGGAAGGCACAGUGUUUUUUCUUAACCAAUAUUGAUUCCAGGAGCUUUUGCAUAUCAAAGUGUGGUGUAAAUUCCUGCUGGAUUCAUUACACUGAAUAAUCAACUAGAAUUUGUCAUCUGUAGUUUUAGAAGUCCUUCCUUUCAACGGCCUUAAGAUUCUGGUGAGAAGAAAGAGUCAGUUCCUCACUGGAUAUUGAAAA